GCGACGCUUCUCGCCGCGGAGGCCGCCGCUGCGCCGCAUCUCGUCCAUGUCCACCUUCUACCUGCUGGACCACCGCACGCGCCAGGCCGAGCUGGGGUUGAGCUACGGCGCGCCGCGCACGCGCCUCAGUGACAAGGCCUUCGUGUUCCGUGGCGGCCAGUGGGAGGCCGAGGGCCAGCUGGCGCGGCCCCUGCGGCCCUCCGCGACCAUCCCGGCCUGGAAGCCGCAGGGGCAGCGGGGCAAGAGUCCCGGGCUGCUGGAGGAGAACAACUACCUGAAGCUGCAGCAAGAACUGCUCAUGGACAUGCUGACCGAGACCACCGCGCGCAUGCACCUGAUGGAGAAGAAGGUGGAGCCCGAGGUCAGCCCCGCGGCCGCCGCGCGCGUCUGGCAGAGGAAGCUGCGCAAGCGUGACGGCGCCAGCUGCAUGCUCAUGAUCCAGUCGCGCGCGCUGGAGUCGCGGUGACGCAAUAAAACCUGGGGCGGCGCUCGAGCCCCUCGACCUUCGACCCUCGCCGCCCGAGUUCUCGGCGGGGCCAUGCUAGUGGGUGAGGGUGGGCUGCCUGCUCUCCGCCGCAGACACUUGGUCAGGGUGUC